CGGCUUCACCCUCCUUAAGAAAAAAAAAAGAAAAAAAAGAAGAUGAGUCCGUGGACACCUUCAUAAACACUCGGAACUGAAAAAUAGAUUCAAAAAAAGUUAAAUCAAUGGUACAGAAAAGUAGUAUGUCCAGGACGCCUUCGACCUCAACCCAGGAGAUCCAAAUGGACAUGUUCGACCAUCAUCCACACACACAGGGAAAGUACGGCAAGAGGAAGAGCCGAUUUAAGCGCUCGGAUGGAAGCACCUCCUCUGACACCACCUCGAACAGCUUUGUCCGACAGGGCUCCGCCGACUCCUACACCAGCCGGCCAUCGGACUCAGACGUGUCCCUGGAAGAAGACCCUGAGGCUCUGAGAAAAGAGGCCGACAGACAGGCCCUCGCCACGCUCGAGAAAGCAAAGACCAAACCAGUGGCAUUUGCUGUGCGGACAAAUGUUGGUUACAACCCCGGUCCCAGUGAUGACGUUCCUGUGCAGGGCAUGGCCAUCUCAUUCGAAGCCAAAGACUUCUUGCACAUUAAAGAGAAAUACAACAAUGACUGGUGGAUCGGACGUCUGGUGAAGGAGGGCUGUGAGGUGGGCUUCAUCCCCAGCCCGGUCAAACUGGAGAACACCCGUCUGCUGCAGGAGCAGAGGAUGAGACAAAACCGACUCAGCUCCAGUAAAUCUGGAGGAAGCUCCAGUCUGGACGUUGCCACGGGAACCCGCAGGCCCACCCCACCUGGCACAGGUGGUCCAGCUAAACAGAAACAGAAGUCGAUGGAGCAUGUUCCCCCCUAUGACGUGGUUCCCUCCAUGAGACCCAUCAUCCUAGUCGGGCCGUCACUUAAAGGAUAUGAGGUGACAGACAUGAUGCAGAAAGCGCUCUUUGACUUUCUGAAACACAAGUUUGAGGGCAGAAUAUCCAUCACACGGGUGACAGCGGACAUCUCCCUGGCCAAGCGUUCAGUCCUCAACAACCCCAGCAAACACACCAUCAUUGAGCGCUCGAGUACCCGCUCAAGCCUGGCGGAGGUGCAGAGUGAGAUUGAGCGCAUCUUUGAACUGGCACGCACCCUCCAGCUGGUCGCUCUGGAUGCAGACACCAUCAACCACCCCACUCAGCUGGCUAAGACCUCACUGGCUCCCAUCAUUGUCUAUAUCAAAAUAGCCUCACCUAAGGUCCUCCAGAGGCUCAUCAAAUCUAGGGGGAAGUCCCAGGCUAAACACUUAAAUGUGCAGAUGGUGGCAGCAGACAAGUUGGCCCAGUGCCCACCUGAAUUGUUUGACAUCAUUCUGGACGAGAACCAGCUGGAGGACGCCUGCGAACACCUGGCCGACUACCUGGAGGCGUACUGGAAGGCGACGCACCCCCCGAGCAGCAACCCUCCCAACCCUCUGCUCAACCGUACCAUGGCAACGGCAGCCCUGGCCAGCUCCCCCGAGCCCGUCUCCAACCUGCAGGUACAGGUGCUCACCUCCCUGCGCAGAAAUAUGGAUAUGUGGCCUGACAUGGACGGUGUCAUAGCCAUUGACGGGAAACAGGAAGAACAUGCUCUCUGAAGUCCAGAAGAAAGGCGGACGAGGACUCCGGCAACUCAACCUCAACCCAGCAGCCUGCUCUCUUUACACUGAAGGCGAAGUGCAUUGAAACCCUGUUUAUGCUGUAU